CAUAUCUCGCAGUCAUUCUCAACAGCACCUCUGCUGCGUAAAGUACAAAUCGACUUUUUCAGUAAAUAUUUUAAAAUAGUCAAAAGUUUAAAUCAAUAAUUUCGUAGACCUCAUUUCUCGCAGUCAUUCUCAACCGCACCUUUGCUGCGUAAAGUACAAAUCGACUUUUUUAGUAAAUAUUUUAAAAAAGAUCCGAGAUGUCUGAGCAAAACGACGAGCAGUUCGUGCGUUGUUCGCACUGCCUGAAGGAGGUCCGGUGUACCCAAUACGAUACCGGUAGUCUGUUCCGCCACCUCGAGGUGGAACACUCGGACUUGUUCGCGGAUGCCAGUUCCAAGAUAAGGUACGUCCAUAGACUGCUGGCCUCAGCACGUGGAUCCAGCGGAAGCGGCGGAAGUAUGUCGCAGAGCAGCAAGAUUUUGAAUCCUUUGGAUUCCCACACUGCUGAUGGAUUGGAACAUGCCAAAGUCAAGAAGAGGAUCUCAGGAGAUCCCGCGACCAGAAAAUCCCCGACUCCAACGAUCAAUUUAGCCGCCAGAAAGGCUCAGCCAGGUCCAUGCUCCCAGGCCCAUGCAACUAGAAAACCAAAGGAUAACCCAUGUGGAACACCCAAGGAUCCGUCGAAAAACAAGAACAAUUCAUAUCCGAAGACCAAGGACCCUUCUGGUCCAGCAACCAAGACCCUGCCAUGUCCAAAACCCUGGAAUGCCCCAUGUCCCUGUGUCGAGGAGGAGAUGAAGAUCCUCCGUCAGAUGACCUUCAAGGCCUCCGUGAACAAAUGGCGUGCCUACGAGGGAAACCUCUUCUGCCCGGCCUGCUGUUACAAGAGACGUCCGGUGGUCAAGAGCGCCUCCGAGCUGAAUUCCGGAUGCUGCUCCUGGCUAAAGUGCCUCUUUCCAUGCCUAUCCCGCCCCGAUGAGCGGCAGUAUCUCUUUUGCGCCCAGUGCAAGACCUUUCUGGGCAUCUAUAAUCGCGGAACUAAUAGCCUCAAACCGAACAAGGAAUAUGCCUAAAGUGCAUUCAGUUUUAUUCUUUUUAAAUUUUUAGUUCACAGAAACCAUUUUCGUUCUUCAUCGCAGUACAAAUUUAAAGUUAAAUUUAGUCCGUAAUCGAUAACUUAUAAAUGUUUUUAAGCGUUACCGAA